AUGGCGAGAAUGGGCCAGACUUUCAGGGGGGACUUGCUCUUAGGAGCACUGAUGUGGGUCGGAGACCCCAAGACCUCACUCUUCGCGCGCGCUCAACCAAGAGUGGCAUUCCCAAAGACGAAGGAGGCACGAGGCUUCCUUGCUCUUCCUGGAGAGGUCAGAAACCGUAUCUACCAAUACUACUUCCAGGACACCUAUCGCUGCGAGCUCGUAGGAGAGGGCUGUGAUUUCACCACUGCCGCACCAAAGACCAUCAAGUUACUGUCAAACACCAGGACGACCAAACCACGUCGCGAGAUGGAUCGGGGUAGCUCUACACUUGACAACCCACUGAUAGUACGUUUCCCACGCCUCCGUCGUUCCAACAGGACAUACAGCACUGGUCCACGUGUGUACAGAGGUUGGCUCAAUCCGCACGGUGCCUUGAUCCUUGUUUGCAAGCAGGUACAUGUAGAGACUCUGCCACUGCUCUACCAACGAAUAACUUUCGUGUUCGAAGCGCCUCGUCGUAUCACCAACUUUAUCCUCAGGGUUCCAAAGCAGAAUCACGGCAAUGUCACGAAGCUACACCUACACUACGCCACUUACGGAAGCCCUUCAGCUGCGUGUCACGUUGUUUGGCAGGAAAAACACAUCGAGAGCUGGACUCACGCGUGCAAAGUAGCGUCUAAGAGCCUCGCUUGCUUGCGAGAGCUUGAGGUCGAUGUAUGGAUCAACGAAGACGCUCCGAAGUUCAACCUUCGUCAGAAAUGGCUCCAGCCGCUGUUGAAAUUCCGCCGAUUGACCCGCGACAACCUCCAAGGAUCGACAGGUAGCAAGUCGCUUCUCCAGAAGCCACAUACCCUCGAUUCAGUCAGGAUUAGAGUCAAAACCCGCCUCUGGGCGCACAACUUUGAAAUGAACAUACGCCUGGCAAAAGCUUGCAAGCAUCUGCAUCGUCUUUACGGUCAGGGCAUCAGCAGUGCUAUACUCGGAGCGAAGGAAGAGGAGGCUAUGGCUAAGUUCAACAACGCAUGGAAUAACAAAUACAGGAUCUGGCAACAUCACUUGGGCUUUGCGAGGACAGGCUGGUGAGCGUCAAGCCCAUCAGCAACCAGUUCAACGGCUCAAGGAUAUGUAGAGGCGGUGGCGUAGGUUUAAAUCUACAGCGGAUGUCGUC